AUGUCAAUAUCCAGUAAUUUACAAAAAGUUAAAACGAUUUUUAAAAAUGGAAGAUUCGAAAAUCCAUUCGGUUCAAAAUUAGUAGGGUUUAAAGAUGUUUAUGGAUAUUUAAAGGAAAGAAACAAGAUCGAAAUUAAACCAUUAACAGAUCACGAAAAAGAACAUGUUCAUCCAGUGUUAAAACCAGAUUUCAGUUUAAUUAAAAAAGAAUACGAUGCUAAAAAGACAAUGCGUUCAACAUGGAUAGGUCAUAGUACAUGUUUAAUUCAAAUGGAGGGAUACACAUUUAUAACCGACCCUGUAUUUAGCAGAUAUAUUACACCGUUCCCAUAUUUACCUAUAGGUCCAAAGCGUAUUAGAGAUCCAGCAUGCAAAAUUCAAGAGUUACCUAAAAUAGAUUUUGUUGUUAUUAGUCACGCACACUACGAUCAUCUCGAUCGUCCAUCAGUAAUAGAAAUUAACAAAUUAUACAAACCAAAAUUCUUUGUACCAAGAGGUCUCAAAUCAUGGUUUUUAAAAAAUGGAAUCGAAAAUGUUCAAGAGUUGGAUUGGUGGGACGAAGUUACAUACAAUAAUAAUUUAAAAUUAAUAUACACACCAGCAAACCACGGUUCACAAAGAGGAUUGUUUGAUAGAAAUUCAAGUUUAUGGGGCGGUUGGGUUGUCAAGGGUGAAAAUAAAACUAUGUAUUUUGCAGGUGAUACAGCCGAUCAUCACUCUCUAUUCAAAUCAAUAGGUCAUCAUUAUGGUCCAUUUGACUUUUCAUUAAUUCCUAUUGGUGCAUAUGACCAAUUUCGUGAAUUUAUGAAGCAUCAUCAUUGUAAUGUUGAAGAAGCCGUAAGAAUCCACAAAGAACUAACUAGUAAAAGGUCAUUCGGAGUACAUUGGGGUACCUUUAUUUUAUCGACCGAGCCAUUAUUAGAGCCGCCAAAACUAUUAAUAACAGAAUGCGAAAAAGCAAAUAUUUUCAACAAAAAUGAAUUUUUUACUUCAAAAAUUGGUGAAACUGCAAUUAUCGAAGAUUAA